UAUAUAGGCAACUAGCAUCAAUUCAACCUCCAUUUACAUUGUCUAUGAGCUUUUGAUGGCAUGAGGGAAAAAAAAAAAGUAUACAGGAAAAAGAAAUUAUAUAUAAAUGCCACUUUGAGUUUCAUAGCUACUGCCACCUGUGCCCCCGAGUCAACACCUUCUCCUGCAAUUUUUUUCCCCUCAUCUAUAACCACCACAACUAUGGAGGAGAUGAUCGCCUGCUGACCUCAAUCUUUAUGUGUAGAAUAACCCACGCUCUAGUCGGUCCAAUCUUAAAAAAAUUUAAGUUCACUUUGUUUUGUGUCAUGUAUGUGACAUGUAAGAGAGAUCUAGAUUCAUACCUUACUAAUUCAUGAUAAUUCCUCUCCCCCCCACCCCCCCACCUUUCAACUAGGAAGGUUUGACCUGUAAUCCUUUCAUAACUUAUAUAAGCAGGAGCCGCUAUGCACCAUUUCAUGAUCAAGAAAGCUUUGCAUCUUCCUACACUUGUUGCCUAGCCUCCUCUUUCCAGUAGCUUCCUUCAUUUUGUUGUGGUGAAUUCAACUAUCAAUGUCUUCAACAGUACAUUCAACUGACGAGGAUCACGAAACCAAAGAGAUGGACAUUAGAAGCCUGUCAUCCUCUCGCCGUCAACCUCAAAACGCGCCACAUAUACACAAGGUUGGAGUUCCUCCUAAGCAAAACUUCUUGAAAGAAUUCAAAGCUACUGUGAAAGAGACAUUAUUUGCAGAUGAUCCUCUGCGUCCUUUCAAGGACCAACCAGGGUCGAAAAAGUUCAUCCUGGGCAUGCAAACCAUCUUCCCCAUCCUUGAAUGGGGUAGAAGUUACAAUUUCACUAAAUUUCGAGGGGACAUCAUUGCUGGACUGACCAUUGCUAGUCUUUGCAUUCCUCAGGAUAUUGGGUAUGCAAAACUUGCAAAUUUGGAUCCCCAGUAUGGAUUGUACUCCAGCUUUGUUCCACCACUUAUAUAUGCUUUCAUGGGUAGUUCUAGAGAUAUAGCAAUAGGACCAGUAGCCGUGGUUUCUCUCUUGCUAGGGACUCUGCUUCAGAAUGAAGUUGAUUCGAAAAAAGAUGCAGAAGCAUAUCGGCGGCUAGCAUUCACAGCCACCUUUUUUGCAGGAAUCACCCAGGCAACCCUCGGGGUUUUCAGGCUGGGCUUCUUGAUUGACUUCUUAUCACAUGCUGCUGUUGUUGGUUUCAUGGGUGGAGCUGCCAUCACAAUUGCACUACAGCAGCUUAAGGGUCUUUUUGGAAUACAAAAUUUUACGAAGAAAACUGAUAUAGUUUCUGUAUUGCACUCAGUGUUUGGUUCCGCCCACCAUGGAUGGAACUGGCAGACUAUAGUCAUUGGUGUGAGCUUUUUAGCUUUCCUCAUAUUUGCCAAGUACAUUGGGAAAAAGAACAAGAAAUUCUUCUGGGUGCCUGCAAUUGCACCACUGAUAUCUGUUAUUCUGUCGACCUUUUUUGUGUUCAUAACCCGUGCAGAUAAGCAUGGGGUUCAGAUUGUGAAACACAUAGAAAAAGGAAUUAAUCCCUCCUCUGUGAAGAAAAUAUAUUUCAGUGGUGAAUUUCUUCUGAAAGGUUUUAGGAUUGGUGUUGUGGCUGGAAUGAUAGGAUUAACGGAAGCCAUAGCAAUCGGAAGAACAUUUGCUUCCAUGAAGGACUAUCAACUAGAUGGAAACAAGGAAAUGGUGGCACUAGGAACCAUGAAUGUUGUCGGUUCAAUGACUUCUUGCUAUGUGGCAACAGGUUCAUUUUCUCGUUCAGCUGUGAAUUACAUGGCUGGCUGCCAAACUGCAGUCUCCAACAUUGUUAUGUCUUUUAUUGUAUUUCUGACCUUGCAAUUUAUUACACCACUUUUCAAGUAUACCCCAAACGCCAUUCUUGCUGCUAUUAUUAUAUCAGCUGUUGUUGGCCUAGUUGACUUUGAGGCAGCAAUUUUGAUAUGGAAAAUAGAUAAAUUUGAUUUCAUUGCUUGCAUGGGAGCCUUCUUUGGUGUAGUUUUUUCAUCUGUGGAGAUAGGCCUCUUGAUUGCGGUCUCAAUAUCCUUUGCCAAAAUUCUCCUACAAGUUACCAGGCCCCGGACUGCAAUUCUUGGGAAGCUACCUGGGACAAAUGCUUACAGAAACAUUCAACAGUAUCCAGGAGCAACCAAGGUUCACGGUGUUUUGAUUGUGAGAGUUGAUUCAGCAAUUUACUUUUCCAAUUCCAAUUACAUUAAAGAAAGAAUAUUGAGAUGGUUGACGGAUGAGGAAGAACAGUUAAAAGCAUCAUACCAACCAAAAAUCCAGUUUUUGAUAGUGGAGAUGUCACCUGUCACUGAUAUUGACACCAGCGGCAUCCAUGCCCUGGAAGAGUUAUACAAGAGCCUCCAGAAGAGAGAUGUUCAGCUUAUUCUGGCAAAUCCUGGACCAGUGGUGAUUGACAAGCUCCAUGCUUCCAAUUUUGCAACUACAAUCGGCGAGGACAAAAUCUUCCUUACAGUUGCAGAUGCUGUCGCUUCAUGUUCUCCAAAAUUGGUGACAGAAGUUUGAGAAAAAUCAGAAUAAGGUUGGUGCGUUUGCAAUGUUAAUGUAUGAUAUAGUAGGUUGAUGGUGGGGUUCAUUAUCCAGCUCCAGGCCAAAACACAGGAAAAGGGGCAAGCGUCAACGGGAAAAAAGUUUCUUUUUCAAAAAUGCAACUGUAGUAAGCUUUUUGUAUAUGAAGGCUCAUUUCCCCUGACUCCACAUUCCUUGUCUUACAAGCGCGUUUUAUGCUACUUCAUCUUCUCUCUCAA